UUGUGUCCCAGCUGCUUGGUUACUUACUCAUCCCAGUUUGUACUUCCUCUACAGAAACUUCUUCCUCCGAGUUCUGCGAAGAAGAACUCAUUCUGUGGGGACUCCCAGUGAUGCAUUAGUCUUCUGAGCCUUGCUUUUCUUGAAUUCUUCCUAUUCUGAUUUGCAGUGGCUUUGGGGGCUGGGAGCAGCUGAGCUGGAGCUCUGAGUUCAGAAGCCACAUGCCUCAUUGCACAGAUCCUCCAGCAAUGGCCCCUGGGGUCAACGGAAACUGCUGGACUGCGGCUCUAAUCAUGGCAAUAGGGCUGAGAAUUCACAGAGCUCAUUGCACAGACCCUCCAGAGUAUUUCCUGCUGCAGCAGAAGUCUGAGUGUUACUACACCAAUGGCACGCAGCAGGUGAGGUACGUGAAAAGGAUAAUCUGGGGCCAGCAGGAGAUCUGUUACUAUGACAGUGACUUGGGCUUCUCGGUGGCCCGCACGGAACUGGGUCGGCCGUUUGCGGAGCAUUGGAACAGCCUGGAGUUGCUGAGCUACUUGUGGGCUUCUGUGGAAAAGUUCUGCAGUUAUACCUACAGGAGAUUUAAGAACAUCACUGUGGAUAGGCGAGUUAAGCCUAGAGUGAAAAUUUCCACCCUGACAGCAGAGCCUUCCCACCGCCCCAGCUCGCUGGUUUGCUCUGCCACAGGGUUUUAUCCUUCCAAGAUAGAGACCAAGUGGUUCAAAAAUGGGCAGGAGGAGACAGCUGGAAUUGUAUCCAGGCAGUUGCUACAAAACGGAGACUGGACCUUCCAGAGCCACGUGAUGUUGGAAACAAAACCCAGGUGGGGAGAUGUCUACACUUGCCAGGUGGAGCACAUCAGCCUGCAAACGCCCAUCAGCAUUCAGUGGGCAACACAGUCUGACUCUGCUAAGACCAAGAUGUUUACUGGAAUUGUAGGUUUCAUAUUGGGGUUGAGCCUCAUGGUGCUGGGACUUCUCAUCUACCAGAAGAAUAAGAGAGGUGAGUAG